AAAAAGACAAAAACAAAAACCACCGAAGAAAUAUUUUCUCACCGGCUCUCUAUAUAAACAGAGAGACCUGCCCCCUUCGAGAAAACCAAACUUGUGUUCGAUUCUUGCCGUAGGAGACGGUGACCUGAGGCCCUUGAUUUGGUUGUUUGAUUGCUGAUGGCGUCGAAGAGGAUUUUGAAGGAGUUGAAGGACUUGCAGAAGGAUCCUCCAACAUCAUGCAGUGCAGGCCCUGUUGGUGAGGACAUGUUCCAUUGGCAAGCAACCAUCAUGGGUCCGACAGAUAGUCCCUUUUCUGGGGGCGUUUUUCUAGUGACAAUUCAUUUCCCACCAGAUUAUCCGUUCAAACCCCCCAAGGUCUCAUUCCGCACGAGGGUUUUCCAUCCAAACAUCAACAGUAACGGGAGCAUCUGCCUUGACAUUCUUAAAGAGCAAUGGAGCCCGGCCUUGACAAUCUCCAAGGUCUUGCUGUCUAUAUGCUCCCUCCUCACCGAUCCCAAUCCCGAUGAUCCUUUGGUCCCUGAGAUUGCUCACAUGUACAAGACUGACAGGGCCAAGUACGAAUCCACAGCGCGCUCCUGGACGCAGAAGUAUGCCAUGGGCUAAACAUGGAUCAGUAUUAUAUGCUUAUGCUGAAAUCAGCUUGCUAAAGCAGUGAAUAAUGUUGACACUUCGUUUCUAAGCUUAUCAGUGAUUCAAUUGAGUCUUCUUUUUCUAGUUAAUGUGAAAUGUAUUGCUGUGUGGCGCGUUAUUAUAUAAUAUAUAUCUUAUAUUGUGUGCCGGUGCUGGUGGUGUUAUUGUUA